AUGGUGAGGUCCUUCGCAGGAGAGGUGCAGAAGUUGUCCAGCCUGGUGCUGCCCAGUGAGGUGGUCAUCGCCCAAAGCUCGAUCCCUGGAGAAGGUUUGGGCAUUUUCACAAAGACCUGGAUCAAAGCCGGAACCGAGAUGGGCCCUUUCACAGGGAGGAUUUUGUCCCCUGAAAACGUGGACCUGCUUAAGAAUAACAAUCUUAUGUGGGAGGUGUUCAAUGAAGACGGCACGGUGCGUUAUUUCAUCGAUGCCAGUCAGGAGGACCAACGCAGCUGGAUGACCUACAUAAAGUGUGCCCGGAACGAACAAGAGCAAAACCUGGAGGUGGUGCAGAUCAGCAGCAGCAUAUUCUAUAAGGCUGUGGAGACCAUCCCACCAGACCAGGAGCUUCUUGUCUGGUAUGGAAACACCCACAACACAUUCUUGGGAAUCCCUGGAGUUCCUGGAACAGAUGAAGAUCACCAGAAGAAAACCAGGAAUGAUGACUCCCAUUCAUGUGACGGCCUUUCCUCGUGCUCCCCCCCUUCUUCCAUCACUACCGCGGGCCGCAUGCGCUGCGUCAUUUGCCACCGUGGCUUCAACUCCCGCAGCAACCUGCGCUCCCACAUGCGCAUACAUACUCUGGACAAGCCCUUCGUCUGUCGCUUCUGCAACCGCCGCUUCAGCCAGUCGUCCACGCUCCGCAACCACGUCCGCCUGCACACCGGCGAGCGGCCCUAUAAGUGCCACGUGUGUCAGAGCGCCUACUCCCAGCUGGCGGGCCUGAGGGCGCACCAGAAAAGCGCACGACACAAGCCGGUGGCCCCGGGAGCCGACGUGGCCUCCCAAGUGUCCCCUCCUCCCCCACAGAUUACGAACAUGCCUCACCAGCAACAGAUGCCCCUGGUGCACCACAUCCCUGCCAUGGUGCUAUGAUGACAGAAACACGGAGAGACAGUCAGGUAGAACAACGUUGCACUUUAGAUUAGAGCUGUAGUGGAGAAAGGAGCUCCGGCAUGAGGAAACAAAUGAGUUGUUGUGAUAGUAAGGCAUCUCACAAAGACAUUUCAAUUUGCUGCAUUAUUUGUAUUCGUUGUUUCUUUGGCUAUCAUGUGGUCAAAGUUCCAGCAGAAGAAUGUUUUAAUUUUUUUAUUUUGGAAGCUAAAAUAUAAUGAAAAACUAUUAUUUGCAAGGCUUGACAAUUUGUUAUCAGUUCUUCUCUGCAUAAUCCUAAGAACUGAACAAGUGUCAUAUAGGCUACCACUAGAAAUGUGAGACUAGACAGAUAAUUUCUAAAUUUUGAUUCAUGUUUAUUGUGCAUCACAUCUUCACCAGCUCAGGUAAAAAGGUCGUUCAGUCAGAGUACACUCAGUACAAACCACCAGUGUUCAUAGUUUCAGCUGCAUCGCUCCACACUGUAAACUGAAAUUGUCACUUUAACCUUGUACAGACUGUAUACUUUGGAGAGUUCUGUAAUUGUAAAAUUGUAUUGUAUUCUACUGUACAUGUGAAUGUAA